AUGUCGACUAAGGUUGCCUUGCUCGGUGCUUCAGGUGGUAUUGGUCAGCCGCUGGCUCUGUUGUUGAAGAUGAACCCAAUGAUUACCGAGUUGGCUUUGUACGAUAUUCCUCAAGCUCGUACUCCUGCUGCCGGUGUUGCUGCGGAUGUAAGUCACAUCAACACACCCGCCCAAGUGAAGGGCUACGCUGGUAUGGAGGAGAUCGAGGCGGCUCUCAAAGGCUCUGACGUUGUCAUCAUUACUGCUGGGGUUCCUCGCAAGCCUGGUAUGACCAGGGAUGAUCUCUUCAGUAUCAACGCGGGUAUCGUCCGCGACCUUGCUAAGGCUAGUGCUCA